CUAAUAAGUUAUCCUUUUCAUUUCAUUCAAAUCACCCAUUUAUUUUGCUUCCCCUCUCUCUCUCUGCACUCCCUGAUCUUGUUUCCCCUCUUUCUCUCUCCUCUUUAUUGUUUUCUUGAAUGCUCAGGUCACUGUGCACAGUACAUAAACAGUCUCAGCUUUGAACGAAAAUAAGGCCACCAAUUCAAAUUUUGAAGAAAAAAAAGAAUUCUGGAAGGGCUGCUUAAAAACAGUACAGAAGCUCUUAAAGGCAGCCCACAAUCUCAAAAUUGUAUCUUUUCUUUUCUUUCGUUCCCUUUUAAGUUCUGCCUCACCAGAGUACUCACUGGAAUUCCCUUUUCUCCAUAGGGUUUGUUUUUGAACGAGUAAAUGGGGGUGCCUACUGGUAUUUAUGAUGCUCAAUUUAAUGUCUCUGUUUCUAUUGACUGAGUUUCAAUUUAAUGUCUUUGAGCUCUUUAAUUGAGCAUAGCUAUGUUUUUCCCUCUCUGCAUUAAUGGGGUUUUUGGUGCUUUAAUUUCAGAGAGAAAUAGCUUUGGGAACAGUAGUUUUCAGUGGUGUAGUUGUGGCAUUCCGUUACAUGUUUUUGGCUCUGUGUGGUGUUUUGUUUCUCUUCUCUUCAAUUCACGAGUCAUAGAACUUGGAGAGAGAUAUUUAAUCCCUAAUCUGCCCAGCUGUUUCUGAUAGACUAUUUUGACUGUAUGGUUUUGGUGUUCUAGCCGGGCUCUUUUAUCGAGUAUCACAAUAAUUUCUUGAAUGGUUUUUGUGAGAAUUCUUGGAAUUUGUUGAUCAUUAGGGUUGAUAAUUUAGGGCACUUCUAAUUUGGGUUUCAUUUUGCUUGUUACCAGCAGGUUGUGAUUCUUUGAAGGAGUGUAAUUAGUCCUUUGCUUGGUGAUUUCUUCUCCUCUCUCUCUCUCUCUCUCUCUCUACCUCUAUCUAUGGAUGUUGUUGGAAAAGAUGCUAGUGUUGAGCCUUCUAAUGCAAAUGAUGAUUUUUUAAACUAUCACACUCCUAAUAUGGCUCCAGAGUGGCAAGUUAAUGGAAAUAAUUUAACUAACACGUCUAUUGGGAUGAUGUCCGUCUGCAAUUCAAUGGUGGAGUCCUCUGCUUGCUCCUCACCCUCGAUGGUCGAUUCAUUUUGCCCUACUGUUUGGGACCAUUCGAUUAACGGGCAGACUUUGGGGUAUUGUGAUGUGAAUGUGCAGAAUGAUGUUAGCACUUCUAGUAACCUUGGUUCCGCGAGGGCUGAUUUGGGUUGGAACCCAAGUGCAAUGCUGCGAGGGGGUGUGUUCAUGCCACCUGUUUCGGGUAUGCUGCCUAACUUUCCGGCUGAUUCUGGUUUCAUCGAGAGGGCAGCGAGAUUUUCGUGCUUCAGUGGAGGGAAUUUUGGUGAAAUGAUGAACCCGUUUGCUGUUCCUGACCCGCUGAAUCCGUUCUCUCGGGGGUUGGGUGUGGCUCACUCGCAGAGGCAUGAAAUGAACAUGGUCGAGUUGUCCAAAGAGGGUGGUCUGUUUCUGGGCAAGCCGGGGGCUGAAGGGAGCCCUUUCAAGAAUGAGAAGAGGAGCGAAAGUUUACAUGAUGAGGCCAAACAGGGAGUUGGGGUGUCAGGUAAUGAUUCUGAUGAGGCUGAGUGUAGCGGCCGUGGCCCUCAAGAGAAGGUGGCCUGCAUGACAGGGGAGUCUCCCGGUAAAGGGCUUGGCCCUAAGAAGAGGAAGAGAGGAGGGGGGCAGAAUGCUCAGAAUGAUGAGAAUAAUGGAACUCAAACACGGUCAGCUGAUACAACAAAGGACACUGCGGUGAUGAAACAAAAAGGUGAUCAAACCAUGACAUCAAACAGCAAUCCUGGUGGCACGAACGGGAAGCAGGGAUCUCAAGGCUCGGAUCCGCCUAAGGAAGAUUACAUACAUGUUAGAGCACGGAGAGGUCAGGCGACGAACAGCCACAGUCUUGCUGAGAGGGUGAGAAGGGAGAAGAUCAGUGAAAGGAUGAAAUUCCUUCAGGAUCUUGUGCCUGGUUGCAGCAAGGUCACCGGAAAAGCUGUAAUGCUCGAUGAAAUCAUCAACUAUGUGCAAUCACUACAACGGCAGGUUGAGUUCCUAUCAAUGAAGCUCGCAACUGUAAAUCCUCGUUUGGAGUUCAACAUUGAAGGGUUCCUAACUAAAGAUAUGCUACAAUCUAGAGGUGGUAUGUCGUCACUAGGAUUAUUGCCAGAUAUGACUAUGCCGUUUCCUCCAAUUCAUCCGCCACAACCGGGACUAAUCCAGACAUGUAUUCCAAGUAACUCAUCUGAAGCUCUUCGAAGACCAAUCAAUCUCCAAUCACCUUCCGUCUGCGCAGGAUUCAAAGAACCUUCUUCUCAAGUAUCCAACUGGGAGGAUGAACUUCACAAUGUCGUGCACAUGGGCUUCACCUCGAAUGCUCCUACCAGUAGCCAGGAUUUAAGCGACUCUCUGCCACCAGGACACAUGAAAGCCGAGCCCUGACCAAUCUCAAUCCCUGUAAUCUAAUAUCUUCGACUGGAUGACCUAGAACGAAGCAAUUGAAUGUAUUCCUGAGCUCAGGCAGAUUAGGAUUCUCACUAAUACAUACUUAUCCUUGUCUGGCAAUUGAAAACUUGCAUAUACUGGAUUCUGGAGUUGGAACUCUCUGGGCGAAAAGGCAUAGCAACAAACGACUGCGUAGUAUUCAAGCAGUUCUACUUCAGAGCCGCCAUCUCCAGCUCCAUUAUGUCGACAAAUGAGAAUUGUACAUUCUUGAGUUAUGAUGGGAGAGAUUUCUGCAGAUGAUAUUCAUAAAAAUCAAGUAUAAAAAUGUUGUCUUUGCUCAGAUGUGUUAUGAUCAGAAAGAUUUGGCCUUGUUAAAUGGGUGCCUCAAAUUCGUAGCAUAAAAAAUUUGUUUUCGUUUU